CAGAGCAGUCGAGUAGCACCCCAGCCGCCGCUCAGGAUGGCGCUGCCGCGAUGGACACGACCCCGGACGCUCCGCCAGCAGAGGAGAUGUGGGAUGACAUCCCAGAAGACAUCUUGAGCCUGAGCACGGACGAGAUCAUCUCUAGAACACGGUUAAUAGACAAUGAUAUCAAGGUUAUGCGCUCGGAGACUUUGCGGCUACAGCACGAACAGAGCAUGAUGAAGGAGAAGAUCCGUGACAAUGGCGAGAAGAUCAAGCAGAACAAAGUCCUGCCAUAUCUUGUCGGCAAUGUCGUCGAGAUCCUCGACAUGGACCCGGAUGGCAAUGAGGACGGCGCGAACCAGGAUCAGGAGUCCAUGCGCAAGGGCAAAUGUGCGGUCAUCAAGACCUCGACGCGUCAAACGGUCUUCCUCCCCAUGAUUGGCCUCGUUCCGCACGAGAAGCUCCAGCCCUCCGACCUCGUUGGCGUGAACAAGGACUCCUACCUCAUCCUCGACACCCUCCCCGCUGAAUUUGACUCCCGCGUGAAGGCGAUGGAGGUCGACGAGCGCCCGACCGAGCAGUACACCGACAUUGGUGGCCUCGAGAAGCAGAUCGAGGAGCUCGUCGAGGCGAUCGUGCUCCCGAUGAAGGAGGCGGACCGCUUCAAGACCCUGGGCAUCAAGCCGCCGAAGGGCGCGUUGAUGUACGGCCCACCGGGUACGGGGAAGACACUGCUUGCGAGGGCGUGCGCGGCACAAACGCAGGCAUGCUACUUGAAGCUCGCUGGUCCCUCCUUGGUGCAGAUGUUUAUUGGUGACGGCGCGAAGCUCGUGCGCGACGCCUUUGCUCUGGCGAAGGAGAAAGCGCCAGCAAUCAUCUUCAUUGAUGAGUUGGAUGCUAUUGGCACGAAGCGGUUCGACUCCGAGAAGAGCGGUGACCGUGAAGUGCAGCGGACCAUGUUGGAGUUGCUCAACCAGCUGGACGGCUUCAGCAGCGACGAGCGCAUCAAGGUCAUCGCUGCCACUAAUCGUAUCGAUAUCCUCGACCCCGCCCUGCUUCGUUCCGGUCGUUUGGACCGUAAGAUCGAGUUCCCCUUGCCCAACGAGACCGCGCGCAGCCGUAUCCUCGAGAUUCACUCCCGCAAGAUGUCUGUCAGCGACGACGUCAACUACGAGGAGCUUGCUCGCAGUACGGACGAGUUCAACGGUGCGCAGCUGAAGGCGGUCUGCGUUGAGGCCGGCAUGAUCGCCUUGAGGGAGGGCGCGACGCAGCUCGGCCACGAGCACUUCUUGAGUGGUAUUGCAGAAGUACAAAGCAAGAAGAAGAAUGACCUUAUGUACUUCGCAUAGUCCACGCGGCGUCGCGCCUCGUCUUGUAGUAGUAGCUUCAUGUUCCGUAAUCCGUCCCAUUGGGUGCUAUCGAUACAUACAUCAUGGACCUUCUUCAAUUGUCUUCGUGCUAAGUCAUCCAAGUCCUUCCAUCAUGGUGCAAACUACGUGCGCUCUCAAUCGUCCCUCCACUCAACAUCACCAUUCCCCCAUUUCUCGCCCCAGAUCAUGCGCUUGUGGUACACCUUCC